AAUGUAGUCAGAUGGUCUGUUAUAUUGCUGUGUAAGUUUACUAUCGAACAUGUUGGUGAACGGUGACCGUGUUCCUUACCAGUGUCCUGUAGUCGGUAACUACGAGGAAACGCAAUGGAGCGGACAGUGCCCGAUGGCGAGUCAGUGGUCGAAACCAGAAAACAUGUGUAUUUAUGAGUACGGUUAUAACGAACCAUACUCUAAGUUAACUAACCAACGUUUUAGUGGUAAUUAUGUGUGUAAUUAUGCUCAUCAAUAUUAUGGUAGUCAAGUGCAAACAGUGUACGUACCGCAGACUUUGAAUUUACCAUGCCAGGGUCAGCAAUGGGACUACAAUACAAUGUGCUUUGAUGUAGAGGGACAACCCUGUCAGUACACAAAUGUUGUUGAUCUGGAGGAUUUUAUGAACAAUGAAAAGAGGAAGGAGAAGUCGCGCGUGGCGGCGCGCUGUCGACGCACGAAGGAGAUGCAGAUCUUUGCAGAGCUGACAGCUGCUCUGCCUGCAAAGAAGGAGGAGGUAGAACAACUGGACAAGGCGUCGGUGAUGCGCCUAGCCAUCUCCUACCUACGUGUCCGUGAUGUUGUGUCUAUGCUGCCGGAGGGUAACGUAGAGUCACCAAAACUGCAAAGCCCAAAAGGACUGGAAGAUAUCCAAUCGGAAUUAUCCUACAUGCAGGCGCUUGACGGCUUCGUUCUUGUGCUAUCUCAACAAGGCGAUAUCGUCUACUGCAGCGAGAACAUAGCUGAACAUCUUGGAGUAUCACAGAUGGAGAUAAUGGGUCAGAGUGUAUUUGAGUUCAGCCACCCAUGCGACCAUGAGGAAGUGCGUGAGGCCCUGCGCAAUGGAGCCGGUCGGCGAGACUUGCUACUGCGCCUCAAAUGCACGCUAACUAGCAAGGGCAGGAACGUACACCUCAAGUCUGCGUCUUAUAAGGUUAUCCAUCUCACUGGCCACAUGCUGUCUCCAUCUUAUAACAAUGAAAAGGAUUCAGAGAAAAACACGGAAGUUGAAGAUAAGAAGGACUCUGAUGGGAAACAGAACAAGAGUGGUUCUCUGGUGGCUGUGGGCAGACCUAUCCCGCAUCCAUCCAACAUCGAGAUCCCGUUGGACUCCACUACUUUCCUCUCCAAACACAGCUUGGAUAUGAAAUUCUCGUAUACCGAUGAAGGUUUAAUGAACACUCUGGGAUUCGAACCAGACGAGUUGGUCGGUCGUUCCUUGUACGACUACCAUCAUGCAGCAGAUACAGCAAAUUUGGCUCAGCAGUUCAAGUCUCUUUUCUCGAAAGGACAAUGCGAAACAGGGCAAUACCGUUUCCUAGCGAAGACCGGAGGCUACGCCUGGGUUCAAACCCAAGCCACUGUCAUCACAGACAAACAACAAAAGCCAAUCAGCGUCGUAUGCGUCAACUACGUAAUCAGCGGUAUCGAGUGCAGAGAUGAGGUGUUUGCUGCACACCAAGUGCAGCAUGCUGACAUAAAGCCUAUAGUGGUUCCGAAGCCACAGAAGGCAGCGCCGGCCCCGAUCUGCCACCCGGCAACAGAGGCUGGCAACGGCGCCAUUGUAGCCGCCGUCCUCCCGGAGGAGGAGCGACCGAUACCCGUUACAGAAUUGAUAUUCGCACCGCGAAAGAAAGAAAUGAACAAAGGCUUUCUCAUGUUCUCCCAAGACGAAGGACUUACAAGUGAGUGGCACACCAACUUCCACAGCUUAGUGCUUAAGGACGAGCCUGAAGACCUGACACAUUUGGCGCCCACGGCCGGAGACGCUUGUAUUCCUCUGGAAAAUACCCCAUUUGAUAUGUUCGAAGAUUUCAUUUUGAGCGACAACUACUGUAGCUUACUAGGCGACGAUUUGGCGACCGGAUCGCCAGUCGAUUCGCUUACUGCUGACUCUUUAUUAUCUUCGCCAGAUCCUCAGGAAACUGAAUCAUCAUGCGAACAGUCUUCCCUAUUAACAGAAUUGACGCUAGAUGCGUUCGACAAUGGCAGAUCAGAUAAUGACAUCGAGGAUGGAAACUCUCCGUUCAUUCCCACUAGCGAUGAGCUGCCGGUUCUUGAGUCCGCCGUCAUGUGGGGCGCGCUGCCCGACAACGUUAGUCUCGCCAGGCCCCAGCCCUCGGAGACGCAAAGCGUGUCGAGUGCGCCGGCGUUACAGCGCCUGCUCGCCGCCGCCCCCACGGGACCACCGCCACAGGAUCUUAUCACGAAUAUUUACUCAGACCAAGGUCUAAUUCCAAACAGGAGUGUAUCAUCAUGGGACACGGGUGUGAAAAGGGUGUUGAAGCAGGAGGAGGAGCCGAUCGCAAAGCGUGUCAAGCGCAGCCCGUCCCCGGCGGAGGUGCCACGGACGCAGUCGCAGUCGUCAAGCGUCCUCAUGAACCUCCUGGAUAUGCCGCAACAGAUGCAGCAAAAUCAACAAAACGCCCAGAAAAUAUCAUCAAAUUAUCAACAGAUAAUGAACGGACAGGGACUACCUCAAUUAGGUUCAAUUAAUAGGAACAACAUUCCCAUUCCCGUUAUUAAUGUCAUACAGUCUUCCAAUAACAUGAUGCGUUCAAACACACCUAUCACAUGUAUCAACAAUGCCAUGUCACCUCUCACCCUUAACGUCAACUCUUCAAUGUACUCUCUCCCUCCCAGCCCGAAUACAUCCAACUAUACCAGCCCGGCAAUGAGCCCCGCACAAAGGGAUCUCCUCAUGAGUCCCUAUUCGACCCCUCAGUCUCUGUCACCAGUCGGCACAUACACGCAAGGCUAUAGCCCCAAUAGUAGGAACAUGUCGCCUGUCAACAUGUUGCACGGAUACGAUCCCUAUCUUAACAACAAGAUGCAACCCAGCCCCGGAUUCCCGCUCCAGCAGAACGACAUGCUUCUCGAUACAAACAUGUCACUGACUUCCACCGACUUCUGGACAGAUCCUGAGGUUAUGCAGGGAACUAGCGACCUGCUUAUGGCCUUCGAUGACGUCAAAUUAGGGUAGUAUACAUCCGAAAUGUGGAGUGAUUUUCGCCGACCGCUAUGGAACUUUUGUCGAAGCAUUGAAUAUAUUGAGGCUAAGAAAAUUAACAAUUUUACUAGAUGACAAUAUUCACAUGUUCGCACAAUCAUUCCGAUAGAAAAUGUAUGCUAAGUCGGAACUUUUUUCCAAUAGGAAUCACUCGAGUGAAUGCAGGGUAGAUGAGGGUAGAAACAAUAAAAGUCCCAAGGGAUUCCAUACAAAUUGUAUCCGAGUUACCUACCUACGAUAUAUCACAUUUUGUCAAAGAAGAAAAUGAACUUUAUCAUACAAAAGGAUAAUAUUUUUUAUUAAUUGCAGUUUUUGUUGGAAACUUAAAAUAAGUCAAUUUGUUGCUAUAUUACACUCCUGACUUAGAAUGUAUGAAAGAUAAA